AAACCCCAAAAACAUUAGAAUUUAGUGUUAUGUACGUCAGUUUGAGGAAAUCGGACCAACACCCACAAAACGAAAAUGAAUCUAUGGAAAAUAUUUUUCAACUCAAAGAGCUCCGAUAUUUCUACCAAUUGUGAGUCCACUCAUGAAGUGAACUUGGCUGUGAAAUGGGUUGAUAGUAGUGAAGCUUGUUUUGGAGGAUGGUGUGCAGUUCCAGGUUAGAAACGAGAUAAAUGAAACAGAUCCGCAUGCAAGUGAUGCCAAAAGUUCUUUUCUUCAUUCCGUCGCUAAUAUGAUCGGAAUGCUCAUAGGUCUUGGCCAACUAUCGACAUCAUAUGGACUAGAAAAUGCAGGGUGGAUUUCAUCAUUUCUGCUUGUAGCCCUCGGAAUUGCAUGCGCAUACUCCUCCCACCUACUUGGAAAAUGCCUCGAAAACAACAGGAAAGCAAGAAACUACACCGAUAUUGGCCACCAUGCUUUCGGGAGUCAUGGAAGAGCCAUUACAGCUGCGUUCAUCUACUUGGAGAUCUUCAUGGCACUUGUUUCCUACACGAUAUCAUUGCAUGAUAACUUGAAAAUGGUCUUCCUUGGAACAAAUAUCCGGUUCUCAUGGGCUCAACACGUGUCGACAUCUCAGGUUCUUACUGUAUUUGCGGUGUUGGUGGCGUUGCCUAGCCUCUGGCUGAGAGAUCUUUCUUCCAUUUCGUUCCUCUCUACUAGUGGCAUCAUCAUGUCGCUAAUGAUUUUUGUGACAGUAGCAUGCACCGCAGUGUUUGGAGGUGUAGCCACCAACCACACGAUCCCUGCUCUCCGGCUAAAGAACAUACCUCACGUCUCCGGCCUUUACACGUUCAGUUUGGCUGGCCAUAUUGUCUUCCCUGAUAUACACAGGGCCAUGAAAGACCCCUCCAAGUUCACCAAGGUAUCCAUUGUAAGCUUCACGUUUGUGACCUUGCUAUAUGCGUCUUUAGCGUUCAUGGGUGCCAAACUAUUUGGACCAGAAGUAAAUCCCCAAAUUACCCUCAGCAUGCCUCGAGGCCUUGUGUUCACUAAGAUCGCACUAUGGGCUACGGUUUUGACACCAAUGACAAAAUACGCACUCGAAUUUACACCCAUUGCAAUAGAAAUCGAACACCGCUUCCUAUACUCUAUGACGUCUCGAACCAAGAUGAUCGUAAGGGGGACCAUUGGCUCAAUUUUGUUGCUAAUCAUACUUGUCUUAGCCCUAUCGGUGCCAUACUUCCAGUAUGUCCUAGGCCUUACAGGUUCCAUGUCUUUGGCUCCGUCUCGUCUAUGA